GAAGCUUCUCCGUCCAGUUUGUCGAUGUUGGUCAGCUGACAGACGCCCUCUGACCCCUGCACCCUGACCCCGAGCAGCAGCUGACGCAGACGCUGCGACGACCAGCCUGAGACAUCACGCUCCGUCCUGAUGGCGAGGGACAGAGACGAGUCCUUUACUCUGUGUCACAGUCUGAUGACAUGAAAUAAACCUCUGAGAGAACGAGUGAAUGAAUGAGAGCCAUCGCGCGGCCAGCCUCCGUCACAGAAGAAGAAGACGAGGAUCCGCUGCAGUCGAAGAUGAUGAAGAGUAAACCUGAUGAGGAAGACUACUGGAACAGCUCCAAGUUCAAAGCUUUCACCUUUGAUGACGAAGACGACGAAUUCAGCAGAUUGAAAGAGUCGAAGCGGGCGGUGAACAGCAUCCGAGGGCUGGUGGACGAAGAGGAGGACGAAGACGAUGUGGAGAAAGUCAGCUGGAGCGGGGAGCCUGUUGGGAGUAUCUCCUGGUCGGUCAGAGAGACGGCAGCGUCCAAUCAGAGGACAGAUAGAGAACCAGCCUUCCCCAAAAUCAACACUGACACACAGACGAUUGGCAAGAGUCACUCAGGAUACUCACUGAGUUCUCUGUUCAAAGGAAAAACUAGAGGAGGAAACUUUCAGUCCUUCACUGACUCGCUCAGCGACUCGUCUGCCAGGCUCUACGCUCCAGAGCUCCGAAAACCUAAAUCUGAAUACAAGGACUAUGUCAGUGAUUGGUCGCCUGAGGAGACAGUUCACAGAAUGCAGCAAGGAAAGACUGUGUCUCUGGAGAAGUUUCGGUCUCUUCAGGACAAACUGCUGCUGCUGGAUUUCUCCGUCAGCGCUCACGAUGGAAACGUUAUCACUGCUAUUUUGAUUUAUUUGAAGAGGACUUUGAGUAAAGAGGUUUUGUUUCGGGAGCUGGAUUCCAGACAAACGGCUCUGAGACAUUUCAUCCACUAUCUGACUGAAACCAGAGAUCAGAAGCUGCUGCUGGAGCUUCUCAGGACUCUGGGCAGGAUAGAGGACAUGGUGCUGCUGCAGUACAAAGAACACCUGGGCAUCACAGAUGAAAACAAGAGGCGGGACUUCCUGAAGAGCUGCCUCAGUCUGGCGUUUUCUCCCGAGGACUCGGCUCAUGUUCAGGAUCACUUCACUCUGUUGGAGCGACAGAUCAUCAUCGAGGCAACAGACGGGCAGGCAGAGCGUGGAGGGAAGUCGGAAAUCUUCCAGAAGUUUCCCAGAAGAGCUUCAAUCCUCAACAUGCCGCUGAUCACAACUCUGUACUACUGCUGCUUCUACCACUACAACGAGCCUGAGGGAACGUACAGCAGUCCACUGAACAUCCGUCACACCUUCAGGAUUUCAGAGAAGCAGUACUUUGUGACGGCAUUGGCGGCGCGGGCGAAGCUGAAGGCGUGGUCGGACGUAGACGCUCUGUUCACCUGCAGAAAUUGGCUCGGAUUCACCAAGAAGAAAUCACCUCUCAGCUUCCAUCGAGUCGUUGACAUCCUGCAGAAAAACUCCGCCCCCACACAGGUGUUGCAGGAGUACGUGGGCCUGGUCGAUGACGCCGACACGAGGACCUGUCUGGCACAGAAACUGAAAUGUCACGACAUCGUCAUCAACACGUACCGGGACCUGAAGGACCGAAAGCUGUUGCUAGGAUACCGAGGGAAGGUGGAGAAAGGUUCGGCAGAGGAGAGGAAGAUCAACGAGCUGCUCGCCAACACGCAAAUCCGCUGGAAGAACUGAUCCAUGGAAUCUUCAUAGACUUAAUCUGCGUCUCAGUUCAGCGGCCGCCUCCCCCCCCCCAACACCGCAUAGAUGGACUGGUCUUAUUGCGUCAACAGCUUGUCCCGCCCCCCCACAGCCAUCGCCUGGCGACAGAGCUACGGACAUUAAUGUUCUUUGGUUGAUUAAAAAUGUCUUAAAAUGCAGCCUCCGAAGGGUGUGGCCCUGAAUUAAGACUGUCCAUCACCAUGACAACAGGAACGUCCCAUCACAACCACAUUCCUUCAAGAAAAUGUUUUUUUUUUUUACAAGAACAAUAAAGUUAUUUAAAAUUGUAAAAUGGA